AGAAGCCCUUGACCAUUGAGCACCCCAGAUAGUUGGCGGCGUAGAACCACCUGGCCUGGUUGGGAUUAUUCCCAUAGAUACGAGCUGAAAACAAUCUACUUGAAGGUUUUCCCUUAAUUUGUGUGAGACUUAUAAUUGAAUCCCAAUGAAUCAUUAUGAAGGAUCGUUAAUUGAAAUCGGCGUAAUAUACAGACUGCAGGUGAUAAAAGUGAAUGAAGAUUCCCUUUUGUGUAGGGAGUUGAGAGCCCUGAAGACCUACUGCAUCCAUCUGACUUGUUCUACCAGUUGCAAAAGUGAGUGGCUCUCAAAUAUCGCAUGAGAGAAACGUUUUUUCUGCUCGCAUUUUAUAAAAAACUAUCAGCCAGAUAAGAUCGUAGAAGUAUAAGCACUUUUCUUAGUAAGCACAUUUCUAUGAUAGUAUUACGCUUUGGAAUAGUAAUACGUCAACAAUUGAAUGAAUAUGUUAUCAAAAAAUACCGAUAAUGGCAUAUGUACAUACGUACAUAUGUACAUACCUUCAAAUCUAUGUUUAAAGCAAGAGAUUCUGACAUCGGCUUAUCUGCGAAUCACGGGGUUUUAUUGAUGAUGGGUUUUCCAGGAUACAAAAAAAAUUUACCCCUUGAUAAGGAGUUUACCACAUUGGGAACACACUGAACACAGCCCCAUUCCUAUCGAAAACCCCCCAAAACAAAAUGAAAGCAAACAUAUGUAUUUCCAUUAGUUGAGCAAUCAAGUGGCGUUCAGAUGGCUUGCAAGCGAUAAUCCGUAAUCGAGCAUUAUGGCCCACUCGGACGACUAUAAACGGCCAAUCAGGGCAGAUUAAUCCACUGAGGAGACCAUAAAUCCACAUUCGGGUGGGUACGCUACAUCAGUGGCAGAACGAGUGGAAUAUACUCAAGAUGCAAAUAAGUUCGGCUCUGGUUGGCCUCCUAUUCGUCGCUCUUCAGGUAAGAUGUUUCCUCUGCCUGGAUUUGGGCCAUGGCGCCCUAAUGGGGCGCAUCACUGGCGGAGAGGAGGCCCGCGAGAAUCAGUUUCCCUUUCAAGUGGGUCUCUCCAUAGAGGAGGCCAACGACUUGUUUAGUUGGUGCGGAGGUAGCUUGAUAUCGAAUCAAUAUCUGUUGACUGCAGCGCACUGUGUGGAAAAAGCCAUCUCUAUCACGUUCUACUUGGGCGGAGUGCAGCGAUUGUCUCCCCGACAGCUAAUCCGUGCGAGCAAUCCCGUGGUACACCUUCAUCCUGGCUGGAACAGCCAAUCGCUGGACAAUGACAUUGGCCUGGUUCGCAUGCCAGAGGCUGCCGUCUUUUGCAGCUCCAUAGAAGUCAUCAGGCUGCCAGGAAUGGCCUCGUGUCAUGCCAGCUACGACUACGUCCCGGCGACGACCUCUGGAUGGGGUCGCAUGAGCGAUGAGUCUGAUUUCAUUUCCGAUCAUCUGCGCUACGUCGUUCAGUUCGUGGAGUCGAAUGAGGACUGUCAGUAUUCAUACGCCAACGUCAAACCCACCAACAUCUGCAUGGACACAACCGGCGGCCGAUCGACCUGCACCGGAGACUCCGGAGGCCCCCUGAUUUACCACGAUCCCCUGCAGAAUGCCGAUAUCCUGAUAGGUGUCACUUCCUAUGGCAAGAAGUCGGGCUGUACUAAGGGUUAUCCCUCGGUCUUCACACGCGUUACGGCCUACUUGGACUGGAUAGCGGAGGUGAGUGGAAUUGUCUACCCGUAGAGUGGACCACGAUGGCUGCCCAAACAGUGCUGGGCACUGUAAAUAAAUUAAAUCAAAUGUUGAGCAUUUUAAAAGUGGGUCUUGUCAGU